GAUUCAAUUGCGAAGUAUUAAUUGUUUAAGGCGAUCAAUUAUAUUUGCUUCAUUUAUUUCACGAUGAUGAAAUAUUUUGUAGUAGUUUUUACGUUUUUAUUUCUGAGGUGUAAAACAGUGGCCAACCAGUGCCAAAUAGCGCAAAAAUGUGUGACAGACCUAUCUCAGGAAAAUUGUAGUGCGUUUGAAGUUUUAACGCAAAACUCCGUUGUAUUUGGUUGCUGUCCAAGCUGUCAAAUGUCCACCAACCCAGGAAAUCCAGAACCUGAAACGGGAUGCACAGCCCCUUCCAACUGCCUCCCGAAUGGACUCUAUGCUCCUGUACAAUGUAAAGGUGACAUGUUUACGGGAAGGUGUUUCUGUUCAGACGAAAAAGGGAACAGAAUAUUUGGACAAAUGUGGAGAACUGAUGCGAGCGAAAUGACUUGUGCCUGCAGUCGACAUAGAGCCCAACUAGAAGUCACAGUAAACAGAGGCGUGACGUUACACUGUACCGCGAAUGGAGACUAUGAACCGCUACAGUGCGACGAUGGAGUAUGCUGGUGCGCCCAGCCGAAGACGGGCCAGCCUACAGCCGGACCGGUCCAGGAAACAGACAUGAGGAAUCUUCCAUGCUAUAGCUCGACAGUGACUGGAGAGCAAUAUUUACGACGAUGCGAAAGUAUAGUCCAUUCGAUAGCCACCGUGCAUCGAGAGCAGUCUGAGCACGGGACUGUCUUUUUAGGAAAUCCGGUUACGUUCUGUGACUAUGACGGUAGCUACGGACCAUUCCAAAUUACUAAUAGCAUCGCCUACUGCACCGGACGAGGUGGAGAAAUUUUGGGAUCAUGGCAAGUUAUGUCAAGCGAAAUGAGUGGCAUGAAUUGCAACUGCGCCCGUGACAGCGCGGUGUACUUCCCGGAGCGCGGCAUGGCGGUGACGGAGACGUGCCAGGCCAACGGCAACUACAUGCCCAACCAGAACGUGGGCGGCGUGUUCUACUGCGUGGACCGCGACGGGUACCCCACCACGGGCAUGUUGGAAGAGUGGCCCAGCGACAGAUGUCAAAGUUAUGCGUAAUUUCUCUUAAUUUAAU